UCACUUACAUUCCUUGCCUUCAUGGUAGUUCCUUAUAUUCCUGAUGUUUGUGCCUUCUUCGACACGAUCACCAGGAUGACCUCCCUUUGUAUCUUCACUACUUUGUGCUAUCAGAUGAAGUUGCAGUAAGUGUCUGCUGCUUUUUGAUAUUUCACUGUCCACCCUUUGUCAUUGGUGUGGUGUCUCCUCUUUCCGUAUGCCUUGUCUCAGGUGUUGCAGAUAUUUAACUAAACGAGCUGAGCAAGUUUUAUUUGCCAUUACACCCACGGAUAACUCCACGAUUGGCACAAAGCAUCAAGAUCUGAUACUUUGGAUACAAAAAUGAAGAAACAUUGAACCUCCAGACUGGCAUGGUCAAGAUAAUCUACAAUAAAUCCAUGUGUUGUUGCCAUUUUUGCAAAAAGCCAAGGGAUUUAUCUUAAGGGAAAAAAAGUCAUCUCAGGCCAGGAAAGUUCCUGGUAGAACAUUUCCAUAACUGCAUGUUGGUGGAUACUCCUCACAAUGGUUGUUAAUUUCCAAGACCAGCAUUAUGACCACCUCAAAAAACAAUGCCGGCAGCGAGGACGUCCCUUUGAGGACCCCAGUUUCCCAGCAAGUGACCAUUCCCUUUACUAUAGCAGGAGUCCUCCCAGAGUUGUAGAGUGGAAACGUCCCCAGGAGCUUGUUCAGUCACCACGUCUGUUCUCUGAUGGCGGCAUCAGUCCACGGGAUUUGCAGCAGGGCAGUCUGGGUAACUGCUGGUUUGUUGCAGCUGUUUCUUGUCUGGCUGGUGAUCCAUCAAUUUGGAAGAAGGUUAUACCUUCUCCUGAAGAACAAGACUGGCCUAACUCCGGUGGAAGUUCCCCACAUUGUGGAAUCUUCAGGUUCCGCUUUUGGCGCUUUGGCCGUUGGGUAGAGGUUGUUAUUGAUGACCGUCUGCCCACAUCUGGAGGGGAGCUGAUAUUCUGUAGGCCUGGUCAGAAGGGUAAUGUGUUCUGGUGUUCGCUACUUGAGAAGGCUUAUGCAAAACUUAUUGGGAAUUAUGAAGCCCUAGAUGGAGGCAGCACGGCUGAAGCUCUCAUUGACUUUACUGGUGGAGUUUCCGAGACCAUCAGUCUUUGUGAAGGGAAUUAUGGGUCAGAUGAGGAAAAAAAGAAGUUAUUUAAGUCUUUGAUGAAAGCCUACUCUCGGGCAUCUCUCAUUUGUGCGGCCAUUCGGCCAAGUUCAAGUCAAGCCUUUGAAGAGGUCCUUUCCAGUGGCCUCGUAACAGGCCAUGCCUACAGUGUCACCGCCAUUAGGAAUAUCAACCUACACUCCGGACUAUUGUCGCUUUUUCGGACACAUAAAUUGCGACUCAUUCGUUUACGAAAUCCCUGGGGAAGCGGAGAGUGGAAGGGAGCCUGGAGUGAUGAGUCGGAUGAAUGGAAGAAAGUAAGUCGAAGAGAGAGAGAAAAGUUGGGGGUCACUGUUAACGAUGAUGGAGAAUUCUGGAUGAGUUGGGUUGACUUCUGCUCUCACUUCACUGAUAUCACUCUCUGCCGACGAGUCAACACUCACCUUCUGAGCACUCAGAAGACAUGGAAAGAAGAAUCAGCCUUUUCAGCUUGGAAGCAGCAUUCCGAUCCCCUGAGAGACAGGAGUGGCGGCUGUCCAAAUAAUAAGGCCACCUACUUACACAACCCACAGUUCUGCUUUGAUGUCACGUUAGACCAGGACAAUGUUCUCAUCUCUCUGGAGCAGGAAGACCGAAGAACCCAGCGUACAGCAGGGGGCGGCGAGAACCUGCCUAUUGGAUUCUUUCUUUUUAAGGUGGAGAUGAAUCGCAAAUACCGCCUACAUGUCACUCCCCAAAAAAUUACUUCUUCAACAUACAUAAACUCUCGCAGUGUCUUGGUUCACACUGAGCUGCCACAGGGUCGCUAUCUCAUCCUCCCAACCACUUUUCAUCCAGGGAUGACUGGGUCCUUCUUCUUGAGGGUGUAUACAGACUGUGCAAGCCACCUUAGGGAACUCAAGCAAGAUGCUCCUCAGCCUUCCUGUAUGUCUUUCCUGGUGGGUACUCCACGAGUGGUCACUACUAUCACAGUGCAUGCAGCAUCAGGACUAUCAGUGCCAGGGAAUAGCAGAGACCCCGCUGUCUAUGCUAAGGUUCACUGCGAGGGCAAAAAAGUGACCUCAAGGACAGUCAAGGGACAGAAUCCAGAGUUUGACCUGAAAGCGGUAUUUUACCGCAAACAUGAGAAGCGACCUAUAAUUGUGCAGGUUUGGCUGUCUCGCUGGACCAGGGACAAUUUACUGGGUAGUGUGUCAAUCCCAUGCCCUGUUGGAGAAUCCAACCAAAGUUCAGUCCUGAGACUACAGAGGAAAGACAUGACAUCUGCAGGAUACAUCAUGGUGGAGACGUCGAGCAGCUCAGACUUGACUGCACUCUGACUCUUUCAUGUCUUGUUCUCGUCUUUUUAUCUUACCACCUACUUUUUUGCUCUAUCUUUGUCUUCCUCUCCCCCUCUUUCCUGUUCUACAAUACUGUCAAUCAGCACUUCCUUUCCAUUUCUCAGUACCUUUUGUCUACUGCAUCUGAAGAUGAAGAGACUGUUCCUUAUAGUCCUCUACUUCAUAGGUGGAGCAGGUUCAGGAUGGAACUUGAAGAAAGAUGUUUUAUGUCUUCAUACCUCCCUAAACAAGUCAUGGUUCUUGGCCGGGGCAGAUGUUCAACUCUGCAGCUUGCUUUAUCUGUUCACAACAAUCAUCCCUUCUUGAUCUAUACUUCACCAAAAGACCACCAGAUUCGUACCUAGUAUUCUGCACCCCUCACAUCCCAGAGGAAUGGGUGACCCAACUGCACUGGAAGGAAGAGCAUGCCAACGGAACAUACAGUGUCAUGGCUGUGCUAAACCCACACUGGGGAAAUUACACCAAAUUUCCUUAUCAGGAGGCGGUGAAGUUACAUAUAAAGGAUAUCAAAACCUACAUGAUGGAGAUAAUAGCCCUGGAGAUAUAUGUCUGCUGUGAAGUUGUCACAUUCCCAUCUGGGAGUAUUCUGGAAAACUGCAUAACCAUAGAGGAAAACACAGAUGUGCACAACCUCAGAUAUGCGAUUUUGGGGACAUCAGUGGUCGGUGGAUUCUUCGUCCUUGGCUCCUUUGUUCUCAUAUGUCAUAUCUGCUGGAUGAGGAAGCAUACCAGUAGGGUCUUCAGUGUUAGAGGGCCAAGGCAACAAGUAUGGACCAGAAGACAGAGAUCACAGGUCCCCUACAGAAGAACCUUACCCUCCAGGAACCUUGCAUAUGAACCUCCUCAUGAUACUGAUCUUCAGAGUGACACUCCACUACCCGCCAGGACUCAUCUCCUGCUUCCACAUCUAACAAGCCAAGCACCUGCUGAAGAUCUACCCCCAAGAAACCCUACCGUGAACAGUCAUUGGCCUUCUGAAGAACUUUCUCUCAUAAAUCCUUCACCUCUUAGUUUCCUGCCCCCAAGGAACUAUGCCGCACAUGAAGUCUUGCCAACACCACAGCAAAUCUAUAGUAAUAUACACCAUCGAAACAAGCAAUACCCAAAGGCACAUCAUGGAAAAAUCUUGCAGAAUGCACCAACCAUAAACCAAAAUCACCCUGAGAUGUUCUCAUAUGAAUCUACAGAUACAUCCACCGUACCAUAUUACCAUGCACAAUCACGCCCCUGGUUAUUCAAGGGUACAUCCCGUUCUUCUGAAGACUCUGCUUCUCAACAUUCCUCUAGACUAAAUUCUCCAAGGCCACCAGAUUCUCCCUUCAUUACUAUCAAUCCCAUGUAUCAUAGUGGGACAGGUUGGAAUCCUCAUCUCAAAAAUACUGAACUAAAGUAUAAGCAUUCCUUGAUCUCAUGAAAAAAAUUGUAUAAGACCUUUGUACAUACCCGUGAAAGACUAUCUGGAACCUAAAGUUUAUCUAUAGCGGAAGCAUAUAUGGGACCAUGAGGGGUGGCAGUUCUUACAUUACAAGUUUGGCAAAAUGUGGGAUUCAGAUAAAGAUCUUGUCAAGCACUGUUUGGAAAUGGCCAUCUUGUUUCGUUCUUUGGUGAGUCUAUGCAACUGUGAACUGGAUCAAAUGGUCAUCUACUUCAAGGCCUGAUGGACUGUUCCAGGCCAGACUAGGACUAGUUUCAAUGGUGGGACCAAAUACAGUUAUUAAAGAGUGGCCUGCAUAGGUUUGUCCCAUUGUUUAAGUAAUAGUGAAAAUGUUGGACGGGUGACACCACUAAAGCUUCACGCUGUAGUGGAGAUCCAGUGGCAUCGCUUCAAUUCAGUAGAAGGACUUAUGACCAAUAUCAAUGCACACCACCACUGGCACCUCUGCCUUUGCCAGGGAGAUGAAGAUGCCAAUUAGUGAUGGAUCAGAAAUACCCUGAUGUUAUGGAGGGUUUAGUGGUGAAGGCUGGCUAAGUAGGCCCAGCAUGGAACUUUUUGGUUUUUCUACCGCACCCUCAUUGUAUUUAC